UCCUUACGAAACGAUCAUAUUAAUGUCGAUGCCGUGACGUGAAAGCGCAUCUUCCAGCUUUCGUCCUUUCGUACCCAACCCACCGCUUCACUCUUUCAGCGGGCACUCGUUUUUACGAUCUCACGAAAAUCAGCAAACAGCUCUACAUUAUUGAAUAAGCGCAGCCGGUUCCGGUUAAUUGAAGUCAGAAAUUUCCAAGGAGUUUUUCUCAAGAGGCGGAUAUAAUGAAGGCCACUUUUGCUGCCGCCGCCGUUGCGGCUCUGGCCGGUAGUGCCGCUGCCGGUAGCGUCCAUCACAGACACGCCCACGCCCACGAUCAGGCUCGUGCUUUCGCGAAGAGGGACAACAGCACCUGUGGAUGCACCACGAUCUACAGCACCUACUACGGUGAAGCUACUCUCUCUUUCCCUCCGGUGCCGGCGACUACUUCCGCUCCUCCUGCGCCGGUUACCCCUACCUCGACCGCGGUUGUUGUGCCUACGCCAGUACCCCAGACCUGCUCUACCACUGGUGUUUACACUUUCCCCGCCACGACCGUCACCCUGACCGAGUCUACGACUGUCUGCGUUCCUUCCACCACUUCCGUACCCGUUGGUACUCACACUCUUGGUGGUGUUACGACUGUCGUCAGCACCGCGACUACCGUCACUUGCCCGUACGCUACCGUUUCCACCAGCGGAAGCGUUACUACCAGCGUCGUCGAGACUACGACCUACGUGUGCCCGUCCGCUGGUACCUACACCAUCGCCCCUCACACCGUAACUGCUAGCCAGCCUACCACCGUUACUGUUCCUUCCGUUACCAGCUACACUCCCGGUACCUACACUCAGCCCCAAGUUGUGACUACCGUCACUGAGACCAGCACCGUUGUGUACUGCCCCUUCGACAUCCCCACUCCCAGCGCAUCCACCACUCCCGUUGCGGUCCCAACCAGCGCUGCUGUUCCUGCUAUCUCCGUGUCGGUAUCUAUCCCUGCACCCGCUGUUUCUUCUAUCGCCGUCUCGUCGGUUGUCCCCUCGGCCACCGUCGUCCCCUCUUCUUCCUCCGCCAAGCCGUCGCCUUCCGGCGCUCUCGGUGGAGCCGCUGGAAAGCCAUGGGGUAUCUCUUACACCCCCUACGAGACCAGCGAGGCCGGUGGAUGCAAGAGCCAGAGCGAGGUUGAGAAGGACAUUGCUGCCAUCGCCGCUGCCGGUAUCACCAGCGUCCGUGUUUACUCCACUGACUGCGAUACUCUGACCAACGUCGGUGGUGCUUGCGCUAAGCACGGACUCAAGAUGAUCCUUGGUAUCUUCAUCGACUCCCCUGGCUGUGACGCCAGCAACCCUAGCGUCACUGAGCAGAUCAGCGCCAUCAAGAGCUGGGCCCAGUGGGAUCUCGUUGAGCUUAUCUCCGUCGGUAACGAGGCCGUCUUCCACGGCUACUGCCAGCCUUCCGAGCUUGCUUCCCUCAUCACCAAGUGCAAGGGCGAGUUCAGCGGCUACACCGGAAAGUACACCACUGCCGAGACCGUCAACAUCUGGCAACAGAGUGACUUCUCUUCUGCUAUCUGCGGUGUCGUUGAUGUCGCUGGUGCUAACGCCCACGCCUUCUUCAACACCCAGACCGAUGCUUCCCAGGCUGGUCAGUUCGUCAAGGGCCAGCUUGACAUCAUCGACAACAUCUGCAAGAACGUCCCCGGUAUCAUCCUUGAGACGGGUUGGCCCUCUCAGGGUGAGGCUAUGGGUCUUGCCGUUCCUGGUGUGUCCCAGCAAGCUGAGGCCAUCAAGAGCAUUGUCAGCGAGUGCGGUGACAAGGCUGUCCUCUUCAGCUUGACCUCCGACCAAUGGAAGGACGGUAACACCGCCUGCAAGUGCGAGCGUUACUUCGGUUGUGCUUCCGUCCUCGGCAUCAGUCUGUAAAUAGACAAGGAGUGCUAACGCAUAAGCGCUGUAUUGUACAUUCUCACAUAGUUCUCCAAACGGUUGCAAUAUAUACGCUCUAGCUACGGAGGAGUUUAUGGAUGAAUUAAGAUCGGGGAGGUCCCUUUGAUAUGUAGGAGCGAUGCCAAGGGCGGAUCGGGCGGCGCAAGCAAGCGAAUGUAUGUUCGAGUCGCACGACUUUAGGAGGUGCCACGAAUACCAUCGACCUGUUCGAACGUAGGGUCUGAUUCAUAAUGUUGUAAUCUACUAG